AUGUCAGUGUCGCAGCGUCCAUUGCCGCAGCCAUCAGGCUCGUUCGCUGCGUCGUCGCCCAGUGCCUAUGAUUUGUUUCAUCGCGGCCAUAAGCCAGUACGCCGGACUUUGCCACAAGCGGAAGCCACAGAAGAAUUAGGAGCACAUCGUUUCGGUGGACAUGCUGACGAGGACUUGCCACCACCUGUGCCACCCAAGCCGGAGAAAUCACACGAGAGGCCACGAGCACCGGUGCUUCCACACAUGGAUUUCCACGAGCACACAACAUCGCGUAACAGAGAAACAGCGUCACCAUCCUUCAAGAUCCCACGCAAAAGACCAUUACCACCGUUUCCAGCAAUGGAUACGUCGCCAACAACCACACCUACAUCUUCGCCGCAUCGACCGCUCCCUUCUGUGCGCCAUGGGGCGCGUCCAUUGCCCAUGCCUGGCGCAAGUCACGUACCUAUAAGCAUGGGCUGGGUGGCAGGUCCUCCUGAUAGCCCAUCGCGGCCAUGGUCAAUGUAUUCAUUCCCACCAGCGCCAGCGCAAGUUCAAGCACAAGAACAAGUGCCAGUCGCCCCAUGGCCAUCAACACCUCCGCCAGCGCACCACUUGCCUCUCUCACAACCACCACCGUUACCGCCGCGGUCUGUGCCGCCGAAACCACCAUCGCUUGAGCGAGUUGACUCGCCACCGCCAUCUUUGCCUGUCGAUUCCCCACGACGAGCUAUGCCAGUGGCCACGGCCGCCACUCCUGCAGGAACAACACUGUCUGCAUGCUCACAGCCUCCAGCCUCGGAGGCCACCGGGUCGUUGAAGCUGACGCCAUCGACAUCCACUCCGUCUGGAUCAGCUACGUCCGCAUGCUCUGCUAUAAAGCCAUCGGCAUCGGCUCCUUCGUCUUCCAGCACAUUGGCAACUGCGCCCCCUCAACAUGGCGAGCAUGACAGUUCACGCACACAUCCCUCUCUGCCUGAACACACGAGCGACGUGGUCCCUGCCAAUGCAGCGGCGUCCUCGGCCUCCUCUGCUAAGCCGCCGAUCCCGCUGAUCAUGCUGGAUGGUCACGUCAUGACAGACGAUAUGAUGGAUCCAAGCUCACCUGACGUCUCGCACAAUGUCGCAACAAGUGACGAGAUGCCGGCGCCACAGCAUGCAUCGAGCUCGUCUGCCGCAGAUCGGGAAACGACGCAUGGUCCCUACAUUUCUGAAGGCAUUCACUCCAUGUGCCAUCGCUGUGGGCGCUGGAUCGGUGGUUACAUGGUACAUGCAAUGGGCCAUGCAUGGCAUGCGCGGUGUUUCACAUGUGCACAUUGCCAAACGCCCUUGGAGCACGUAUCGUUCUAUGAGCAUGAUGGCGAGCCGUACUGUCACUUGGAUUUCCACGAAUUAUUCUCGCGCCGCUGCUACCACUGCCAGACGCCGAUUGUCGAUGAAAGAUUCGUGACGGUCGAUGCGUUUGGUGAUGUGCGCUCGUAUCAUGAAGCCCACUUUUUCUGUGCACAGUGUGGCGAUCCAUUUGUGGAGCAGAAAGACAGCGAUGAAAGCACCACGUCCGAGUGCAGUCGGCCGUUCUUUGUGCAUGGCCGGCAUGCAUACUGCGAGUCGUGUCACCGGCCGCGAUGCCAAGCAUGCAAGAAGCCAGUGGGUGACGAACAUGUCCAGGCACUUCGUGCUGUGUGGCAUCCUGAGUGCUUCGUGUGCACGCGGUGCCGAAAACCGUGUCAAGGUGCGACGUUUGUCGCGCCGGACGGGUCGCCGUGUGACUUUGACUGCUACCAGGCAUGGGUCCGUGGCGGCCGUGGCGGGCCUGCGCCGCCAGCCUUUCUUGCCUAA